GGAUUCGGCAGCCACGGCCUCCUGUGAUUGCAAUUGCAACACAUUCAGAGAGAGGAUUGCCCGCAGGGUUUCAGCUGCAGGAGAAGCGCGCGGACAAGGGAAGGAGCGACCUCGGCGGCUGCUCGCCCAAGUGGUGCUACUAGCGCUAGGGCAUCCUCCGUACCCGUUCUCGUUGUUGGUAGUACAACGGCAAAACUUGCAUUUUCUCCCACAAGCGCCACCGAUGGCGGGACGUUAUGUCAACUCCGUCUUCAGCCAAUCGCCCUACCGGUAGUAGUGGUCGCUGCCGCCAAUUUCGAUUUUGCCUACCGGUUUUCGUUCCCGCUCUCCUAAGCUCGACUUCUUCCCUCCAUCUUUAUCGUCUGACGCGUGGACAGCACUCGACGCCGCCCGCUUGUCAAGCUCUCUCUCGCCUACUUUGUACGGGUAAAGGAGUUCGUGGAAAUCUCCUCCUCCCCCUCCAGAUUAUACCGUGGGAGUAGGGCGCCUCCACUUCGUCUUUCCUCUCCCUUUCCGCUUCGCAGUUCUCGGCCUUCUUUAGGUCGAAAACAGCUGUCUUCUACCUUUCUUUGAUUGAUUUCCCACUUUCGGCGACCUGCGGACCCUUCUUCUCCCCUCCUUCCAAGCAGCUCAUUCUUUCGUGUGCAGCGGGGAGGUAUUGCGGGAGGGAAUAGGGGCAGGGCGAGGAAGAGAACGUCGUCGCCCUGAUGGCAGUGGUGGAGGGCGGCGUAGACAUGGCGGCCAUGGACCACUGCGCGGGUGUUGGACAUGGGGGCGGCGAGAUGAAGGCUGAAACAGCAGCUGCAGGGGCGGCGGCAGCGGCGGCGGCAGCGCAGCCCGCGGCCCCUCAGACGCCGACGGAAGAGGACAGGUUAUGGAGCAUUGUCACUGCCAAUCCCGCCGAUUUCACAUCCUGGACGUUGCUCAUUCAGGAAGCGGAGAGGCUGGAUGUGAUAGACAAAAUCCGGCGGGUUUACGACACCUUUCUUGCCGAAUUUCCCCUUUGCUAUGGGUAUUGGAAGAAAUACGCAGACCACGAGGGGAGGCACGGGCACCAAGAGAAGAUUGCUGAAGUGUACGAGAGAGCCGUCAAGGGGGUGACAUACAGUGUUGACAUCUGGAUGCAUUACUGCACAUUCGUUGCAGAGAAAUCUGAGGACAUGGGAGAGAUCAGGCGGCUGUUUGAGCGUGGCCUUGAUUAUGUUGGCACGGAUUACCUAGCCCACCUGUUAUGGGACAAAUACCUGGAGUUCGAGUACUCUCAGGAAGAGUGGGGGCGCGUCGCUCAGCUCUACACUCGGAUUCUUCUCAUUCCGAUGCAGCAGAUCGACAGGUACUAUCAAAGCUUCAAGCAGUAUGUGCACAAGCAGAUGCAGAGCGGCAGGUUAUUAUCAGAGUUCUUGACACCGGAGGAUAUCGCAGAAUUCGAGGCGUUAGAGAGCAUGGCGGGUAACGGGCAGGAUGCAGAGGGGGUUGCCGCGGGAGGGAGUGAGGCUGAUGGCGAUGCGAGCGGCAAGGCGGCAGAGGAGAAGAGUACGUCCAAACCGCGGGUAUUGUCCGAGCAGGAAAAGCUAGAGAAAUACCUCGCGCGCAGAGACGAGAUGUACCGAGUGACGAAAGAACAAGACAUGAAGAUUCACGAUUACGAGAUUGCAAUCCGACGGCCGUACUUCCACGUUAAGCCCCUUGACGAGAUGCAGCUGGCCAAUUGGCAUCGGUACUUGGACUUCCUUGAGAAGGAAGGCAACCUCAAAAAGGUUUCCAAGCUGUACGAGCGGUGUCUCAUCGCCUGUGCGAAUUAUUCAGAGUAUUGGAUCCGAUACGUCGAUCAUCUGGAGGGGGCAGGACAGCUGGAGCAAGCGGAAGACGCGCUGGUAAGGGCGGCGACGAUCUUCGUUAAGCGGCGGCCGGAGGUUCACCUUUAUGCGGCGAGGUACUACGAGAAGCACGAGAACACCGCCGCCGCCAGGAAGCAUUAUGAGCUCCUCUGCACGGAACUCGCCGUGGGCCUCUUGGAAGCCGUGCUCAAGUAUGCUAAUCUUGAGAGGCGUCAGGGAAACCUGGACAAGGCGAAGGCGGUGUUCGAGGCGGCGCUGGAAGCUGAGAAGUCCAAGGACGAUCCGAAAACGUUUGUCCAUCUCACGAUGCAGUACGCGCGCUUCUUAGAUCAGGUUACGCGGAACACGGAGAAAGCGAGAGAGGUGUUUCGUGAGGCCGUGGAGAGAGUGCCGUUCUCGAAGGCUCUGUGGCAAGGGUUUAUAUUCUUCGAGACAUUGCAUCUCCAAGACGGCGGAAUGAGUCGGGUGCAGGCGUUGGUAGAGCAGGCGAUAACGCCGAGCGCGAGAGCGGACGGGUCUGGGAUGAGCGUGGGUGAUCGGGAAGAGAUCUCCUUGCAGUUUCUGGAGUUGGUCGAUCUGCACGGGGAUUCGGCAGCCGUGAGGAAGGCGGAGGCAGUGCACAAGAAGUUCUUCCCGGGGACGAGGAAGGGCAACGCGGAGUCGUCGAAAAAGCGUUCGCUUGACAACAGUGGGGGGAGUGACAGGGGGUCGAAGGUGCACAAGACGGCGGCGAACAUGGCGAUGAUGACGGCGGCGAAUGCAGUGUCAAUGGGGGGGCAAAUUGCGUACGCGAACGGGCAGCAGGGACAAUGGGGGGCGGGGGGGUACGGAGCGGGGGUGGCGCAGAGUUUCGGACCGCAGCAGCAGGGAUGGCAGCAGCAGGCGCCACAACAGGCGGCGAUUGUCGGACAUGGGCAGCAGCAGCAGCAGCAGUGGGGAGGCGGAUAUGGGCCACAAGGACAGCAGACGUACCCAAUGCAGCAGCAAGGGUACGGGCAGGGAGGAGGUCAAGCCUAUAGACCCGCGCAACAGGCACCGCUACAGCAGCAGCAGCAGCAGCAGCAACAAGGGUACUACCAGGGUUACCAUCAGUAAUGAGCCAGCCAGAAGUCCUCUUUGCUUUUCAGUUUGUUGUCUGUGCAAUGGGCUAAUCUGGGCAGGGUGGGAGUGAGGGUGGUUGGGCUUAAGGAGGGCACUGGUUGGUUGGGUGCAGGGGUUAUGGGUUUUGGACUUUUCUGUUGGACCUGGUGAGCACUAUGUACAUAGAAAGGCGCACAGGAAAGGCAGAAGCUGUCAGAAGCCCGUUUUCUGUUACGAAUUCGUCCUUGCCCAGUUGGCUUCCUAGGUUUAGUUCAACAAGUAGGGUAAUGUAGGUGUUCUCGACUGCCAGUGGCUGGGUAUAGUGAGUUUUGCUGUGUGUGAUGUAGCGGCUUGUAGAUGAAUGCGGGGGGCCCUGCAGACAACAGUGCACCCGCCUCGUGAGGGAGCUGUGGCGCAGCAGCCAAUGUUUUCCAAUAUUUGCUGCAGGUUGUCUAGUUCGAGGAAGUUUUUUCAUGGAAGAGAAUCCACGAGAUAUGGUAAAAACGCAAUUUGCAGCAUGUUUCAGUUAUCGAUGAUGCCCCGGACUCUCUCUCUCUCUCCCCCCCCCCUCUCUGUUUUUCUAUUCUGUGUCAGAGGUAUCUGAUUCUUACCAGUACCUCUUAUAGAUCGAAGAUACCGGAAUGGCUUGUGCUGUGUGCAUUGAUGCCUUGGCCUGCUUGUUCUGUGUCUGUCAAUCUGAUUGGGAGUGGUCAGGACUUGAACUCUUAAACCUGAGGAUCAACAGUGCUAGGUGUGUACCAUUUCAGCCACGAGGCAGAUGCAUUUCCCAGGACUUGAUCCCUAGACUUCACCUUCACCCGUGUACAGUGUUCGCUGUUGACCUGUGUGUUUGAACCCGCGACCUGUCCCGAAAGUUGUAUGUUCAGCUGCUGUAUGUAGUGUGGUCGCCGGGUCUUGAACCGCAGGUCUGUGUUUGGAAGUCUUAGCUGUAGGAGAGGUAGCUGCGACAGAUUUGGAAAGGCCUUCUAGAAGUCUGUAGGCUGGCUCUUCGUAGGUUCUAGGAGUCAGUCCGCGUCUGAGUCAGCGAAGGGCAGUCCUAGCGCAGCCAGCGGAGGGCAGUCCUAGUCCUACCUAGCCUAGUCAGCGGUACCCAGCCCCAGUCGUCUAGUCAGCAAGUACCAUGUGGGACUGUGCACCCCGGGCCCAGGGUCCAAGGGAAGACCAACGACGAUCCAAAGUAUAAAUAAAGAGGCAGCGUCAAGUCAUUCAUGCAUUCUGCCUGCGAGCCGUGCGGAAGCGCUGUCGGAGUGUCUUGUGUACGAAGGUCUGCAGCUGCUCGGAGAAGCAGAGGGCUAAGAGGAGGAAGAUGCGGCCAUAGCCGCUAGUCGGUGGUUAGAGGUAGAAGACGGCAUCCAUAGCUGCCUGUAGGUUAGUGAUAGGAAGUGCGUUAGUGUGCUGUCUGUGUGUGUGUGCGGGACAUCCAGGGUGAUCCAGGGUGUGUGUGUGUGUGUGUGAACAAGUUGCUUGGGGAUACAGUUGAUCGAGUGGUAAUCAUUGUCUGGCACAUCAGCGACGUAGCCAUUUCAAGACAAGUUUGAAUCUGAGUUGUGUUCCUGGCUGCGUUAUCUCUGAGCUCUGUGUGGGCGCUGCUGCACCAGGUGUGAUCAUCAUCUGUUUGCAUGCAUGCUGAGUAUCGAAGAAGACGAUUCUGAUUGCAGAUGCUACUCGUACCGCCCGGAGAACUGCCUGGUGCUUGCAGGCAGAGUGUUGACUUUCUGUGUGUGCAGAGAGGACUACCAGUGAGUGCUCUCUGCAAUUGCGCAUGCGACCGGUCAGUGGUACGCGGCAUGUAGGCGGGAAGAAUGUUACUCUAAAGCUGUGCGGUUUUGCCUGUUUGCGAGGAGAUGUUCAUUCCUAUCGAUCUGAACACACAGACCAUCAUUGUUGGCAAAAGCAGUAGGAGGGUUAUUCGUUCAUUUUGUCAGCCUGUCUGUGUGUCUCAGGAUGUGUUUCUGCACGCCUGUGCAAAUGAAGAGUGGGCACAGAU